AUGCGCAGAGCCCAAGGUAUACCUUCGACGCCAAUCGCAACAAGUAUCCGCAUCCCCCUUAUUGACAGAGCAAGGGCGGCCUUUUUCUCUCAUUACGUCGUUGGAUUCGCCAAAACAUAUGAUGUGCUGGAACGCAUUGGUCGACAAUCGCCAUUGGACAAGCACUUAGCAGCCUGUGUUGAUGCUGUGAGCUUAGCUUUCUUUUCCUUUCAGUAUGACGCUGCAGUGGCUUUUAAGCCAGCUCGAGAAAUGUAUUUGUCUGCUCUUCCGCUGGUCAAAAAUGCCGUGGGUACACCAGAGUCUCUCGCGGGUGACUCAACGUUGUUGGCAGUACUUCUGCUCGACUUGUUUGAAAAGAUAACUAACCGUAAUCCCAUCUCAUCUGAAUCAUGGAUGAGUCACGUCAAGGGUGCUCUGGCCCUUGUCAAGUUACGUCGGCUAGAGCAGCUGGAAACCUACAUCGGCCUGCGGCUAUCGGUUCGCCUUUUUACGAAUAUGCUCAUAAGCUGUGUUGCAGCAGAUUCUCCAGUUCCACCAGCAUUGAUUAAGCUCCGCUCCGACUUACAACCUCACGUCGACCCGAAAGAUCCCAAAUGGCAGGUUUCUGGGCUAGUGAUGAAGUAUGCCAACUUUCGUGGGGCAGCAAAAACAGGACUUAUGGCACCUUCUGAGAUCAUUAUGCAAGCAAAGAGACUGGACAGCGAGUUCAGCUCAAUUGCCAGAAACAUGCCACCAUCUUGGAUAUCUCACAGAAUUUCGGUUCCGACGGGCUCACCUGGUGUUCUGGAACAAUACUACGACGUCUAUCCAGACUAUUUUACAGCGCAGACCUGCAACGUUAUCCGAAUCAUGCGAAUCCUGCUGAACAGUCUCAUACGAGCGACAUAUGUGAAAAUCUGCUCGCGCGGUAUUGGUGUCCAUCCUCACAUAUUGAAUAUUGCCUUCGCUUCUGUGAUAAUCGAUGCCAUGGCAAAAGAAAUCUGCGCAGCAGGGCCGCAAUUUACGCAAAAGCCAAAUCAUUCUUCGUCGGUCCGAAAGCUGCAUGGCUAUACACUCCUCUUUCCAUUUUACGUGGCAGCCAUUUUUGCAAGUCCUGAGACAAAAGUUCGAGAGUGGGUCAUCCAGCAGUUGAAACGCCUUUCUGCUGACUCUGGCAUAAGAAAUGCUAGUGUAGUGACUAAAAUGCUGGAGGACAGAAAAGAUCCUAACCCUUGGUCAAUAUAUGCUAUUCUUGGAAGCUAUGCGUUUGCUGCAUAG